CGAGUGUUGGGAUUAAAGGCGUGCACCACCACCGCCUGGCUUAGAGAUUUUUUUUUAAAGAAAGUUAAAAUUAUUUACUUUUGUUUUAGCAUUCCAAUUUCGUAAUAUGCAUUUAUUUAUCUUUGUCAUUAGGGACUGAAUAUAGGACUUCAUGAGUGCCAGAUAAACACUAUGUCCCUGAACUCUAUUCCCAUAUUCUUUUUUCUAAGUAGACUCAGAGAAUAGAAAUUAAAAUUCAGUGCUAAGUCACAGGAUACACUAAUAUUCAUUCUGGCAUUUCCCCCAUUUUUGUAUCUGAAAAAAGAGUAGCGAAGAGUCUUAGUCAUUCAUAAUGAAAUAUACCAAAUGCAAUUUCACAAUGUCAGUUUUAGGCAUUAUAAUCUAUGUAACUGAUUUAGUUGCAGACAUCCUCUUAUCUGUUAGGUAUUUCCACAAUGGACAAUAUGUUUUUGGUGUUUUAACAUUAAGCUUUGUGCUUUGUGGAACACUCAUAGUCCAGUGUUUUAGCUAUUCAUGGUUGAAAGAUGAUCUAAAGAAAACGGGACAAGAAAAUGAGCACUAUUUUCUUCUACUUCAUUGCUUUCAAGGAGGAGUUUUUACAAGGUAUUGGUUUGCCCUGAGAAAGGGUUACCAUGUGGUUUUCAAACACAGCAAAAGGACGAGUAAUUUCAUGGAGGAACAAACAGAUCCUCAUAAAGAAGCCAUAGACAUAACCACCGACUUGAGUAUGCUCAGGCUGUUUGAGACCUACCUGGAAGGCUGCCCACAACUCAUCCUUCAGCUCUAUGCCUUUCUGGAACGUGGUCAGGCAAAUUUAAGUCAGUAUGCAGUCAUCAUGAUUUCCUGCUGUGCUAUUUCUUGGUCAACAGUGGACUAUCAAGUAGCUUUAAGAAAGUCAUUGCCUGAUAAGAAUCUCCUCAGUGGGUUCUGUCCCAAACUCACCUAUCUCUUUUACAAGUUGUUCACCUUGUUAUCAUGGACACUGAGUAUUGUGCUUCUGUUGUUUGUAGAUGUAAAGAUUGCCUUGUUUCUGCUGUUAUUCCUUUGGAUCAUAGGUUUCCUAUGGGCAUGUAUAAGGCAAACUCAGUUUUGUAACUCUCUAAGUAUGGAGUUCUUAUAUAGGAUUGUUGUUGGAGUCAUCCUUGUGUUUACAUUUUUUAAUAUCAAGGGACAGGAUACUAAAUGUCCAAUGUCUUGCUAUUAUACUAUAAGGGUGCUAGGCACCCUGGGAAUCUUGACUGUGUUCUGGACUUACCCUCUCUCUAUUUUUAAUUCAGACUAUUUUAUCCCCAUCAGUGCCAUUGUAGUUCUUGCCCUUCUCCUUGGUAUUGUUUUUCUUACUGUUUAUUAUGGCGUUUUUCACCCAAACAGAAUUGUAGAAGCACAGCACGAUGAAACUGAUGGAAAAUCGCCACAGAGAGAUUGUAGAAUGAGAUAUUUUCUAAUGGACUAAGUUACGAAUUUAUGAGAAAUGUUUUAGUUUUUGUUUCCUCACCAAGUAAAGAAAAUGUCUGUUAUAUUGUAUUGUUUCUUAUUUUUGUCACCUUUGACUUGAAAUGAGUUAUGGUACGUGGUAAAUGAGGGUAUAAUAGUAUUUUAUUAUUUCAAAUAAUUUCUUCUUCACGCUGAGGAUUAAGCUUAGAGCCUUAGAGCAUGCUAUUCCACAGAGUUACACCCGCAGCUGUCUCAGUGGUUUCGGAAGUCUUGAGUACUGAAGUACUUGCUUUCUGGCUGAUAGAGCUGCCGUCUUACUCAAGUGGAAUAGACAAUGUGGUUCCCAUGAAGCCCAUGCUGAGCUUCUCUCCAGCUUUCCCCUCAUUGUUCCUGGAACCACAGUGCCUCCUGUGGACCACUGCCAGUCUUUUUUCUUCUACUUUCUUCAGUCAGCACAUGGCUUCUGAGUUGGGGACAGAGUGAGUGGAAGGGAAAGGGAUGGAGGAAAAGAUGAAAGCAAAUUCUUAGAGUGAACGACUGUGCUCUUUCCAUGAGCUUCCCAACUGGGAAACAAAGAGCAGAAUUGGUGAGGACAGAAAAAUCCAUCGUUUACUGAUUAUUUAGCUUUAUAGACACAUUUUGUUAGUAGAUAAUAGUUAGAUAUAACAAUGAAUGUCAUUAUGGAGUUUUUGUAAAUGACGUAACGUCAUGUUCACACCUGAUCUCUCUCUGUCCUGCUUACCUACCUCUUCCCAACUUGCUUCACUGCUUUCAAAUCUUGGUUUUUAUUUGUUAUGACCCAACAAGUUUUCACUCUGGUUGUUUACAGGAACAUUGGCCCUUUAUGCCUCUCUCUUCUCAUCAGUUAUUAAGUGACUAUAAAUCCUUACUGAAGGGUGGGCCUCUCAAUUCCCUCCUCCCUCCAUGCCAGAUGCUGAUGGGCUCAGUUUCCUGUAGGUGUUGCAGCUGCUAUGAGCUUGAGAUCAUAACAGAGCCACGUCAGACUAGAGAAAUUGUUCUACACCACUACCUCCCCCCUCAAGCUCUUAUAUUCUUUUAUGCUGGUCCCUGAGCCUUGGGGUAGGGGUGACAUAGAUGUCCCAUUCAUAGCUGGGCACUCAGCAGUGGUUCAUUCUCAGUACAUGGACCAGUUAUCUGUCUCUGCGAUCACCAGUGAACACUGCAGAAAGAAGCUUCUCUGAGCAGAGCCGUCAGCAGCAUCAAACUAUCAACAAAUGGAAGGCCAUUUGAUAGGCACAUCAUGUCCAUUUAGCAAUGGCAGUUGUAGCUUCUGCCCUUCCCCAGAUACAGAUGACAGAUUUUUAACUGGGUUUACAGAACCAGUGAAAUCCCUUUUGCAGCAAAUCUUCUUGAUAUCAUUUUUAUUAUAAUGAUAAAUUAUAAAUAGUUAUAUUUAUGCUGAGUAGUUUGAAAGUCAGAUUUGAUUCAUAUUAUUUUAUUUUAAAAAAUCUGGUAAAAAUACACAGCAAAACUUCUUGAUCAUUUUAAGUUCACUAGUGUUAACUUUUUGCAAUAGAUACCUGUAGUUGUUUAACCUUGCGAAGCCUAGACUGUGUAUGCAUUGAUGAGUAACUCUUGCCUCUGAUCCUGGCAAUAAGUUUAUUUCAGGUGUCAUGAUGUCUCCAAGGCUCAUUCAUGUUGUAGUAUGUGAUAUAUUUUUUUGUGUGUUUUUCUUGACUAGAUGAUAUUUCCAUUGUAUGUAUGUCUAAGCCACAUUUUCUCUAUUUGUCUAUCAAUAAAUACUUGAGUUGCUGUCA